GUUGCUGAAUUGGGAAAUGUUUCUGUCCCAUGUUCGUGAAAGAUACCCGUUGUAAUUGUUUUAUCCUAUUUUUUAUGCAUUUUUCUAUAAAUAUACAUUACCACUUAUCAUAAACGCCUCUUUCUUGUGAUUGGUCCGUUCAAGGUCGUUUGCUGAUUGGUUGUUACUGGUGUCUAAAGUUUAACUUCGCCGGAUUUCAUCAUGAGCUGACAGCAUUUGGAGAACCACUGGAAAACCUGGGAGGAUUGGACAGCUGUUUCGUCCUAGUUUGUGACUCUGAGGAUAUAUAUAUAUAUAUCACCUGAGGGAAAGGUUGAAAUCACAGAAGAAGGCAUUAAAUUACUUGGAAAAUUGACGAAAUCAUUGAAUUCUGCCAACACAACAAAUGGUGGAUGCCCCAUAGCUGAAAGUCCAAUGAAAGAAAACAUUUCAACGCCACAUGAUGGUAAAAGCAAUACAUCUAAGAAAAGGAAACGUGUAGCUACUCCUUCUCCUGAGAGAGUUAAACAACCCAGUCGAACUUCAUUAAAGGGAACGAAGCACAAUUGUGAAGGAGAUGAACAUUCUUCUCAAUCUGGUAUUACCGUUGGUACUUCUUCAUCAGUGCAUAUUCCUCCCUUUCAUACUGAACAGCCGAUAACAUCUGUAAAACAACCCACCAGUGUCAGGUUUCUCGAUGCUUUUGAAUAUGGGGAGGAAUGGCUUCCUGGCUUGUUGAAACCAACGAACUUGAAGAACUUCAUCAGAAAUGCUUUUCAUGGCUCACCACGCCAGGUUUCUGACCCAUAUUUAAUAUAAAGCGGCUUACUUAACAGUGGUGUUAGACAGAAUCCGAAUUUCGUUCUUUAUACUGUGGAGUGCAGCUGAUUUCAGAGUUAUGAAUUCUGCCUUGCCUUUACGAUUCUUGUUUUGAUAUCCUCGUCCAUCCUUUCUACUAUAGUUGACACGAUGCUGCCUAGAUAAGUGAAAAAGAGGCCUCUUUCAAAUUUCUUCCGUUGACAGUGAUUAAUGGUUGUUAUUAUUGUUGUUGGUUAUCGGGUAUUUUCAUCACUUCCAUUU